CGCGCUCCUGCGUCUGUUGUGGUUCGGCUGAAGGAAGGUUUGUGUGUUUACACAUAUCAAGUGUUUAAAUCAGCCUCUUAAUGCAGACUUCAAUGGUUUUACACGCGAUGCAGAAUGCUGUUAUUAAUGAAGUUAAUAACCGGGAGGUCAGUUGAAAACGAUAAACUCCUGCUGAAGCGACUGUAAAGAUGGCGUUUAUUAAACAGGAGAGCGAAGACAUCAGGAUUGCAGAUGUGUUCACCCUGAAACAGGAAGAUCCUGAGAGGACUGAAGAAACAUUCAGAGUCAAACAUGAAGAUCCUGAGCAGCUAACAGAGCUGAUUGAACCCAAACAGGAGACUGAAGUACCGAAUAAAUUAGAAGAGAAUGACCAAUAUACGAGCCAUCUUGAUUUCAAUACUGAAGAACAAUCUUUAAGUAGCUCAGAAACUGAAAAGACUUCCUCACAGAAAAGAGCUCAGAAAAACAAAGGUGCGAAUUCGUUUACCUGCCAAGAGUGCGGCAGGAGUUUCAGUCAAUCUGGAACACUUAAAGUCCACAUGAGGAUUCACACCGGAGAGAAACCGUACUCCUGCCAGCAGUGUGGAAAGACUUUCAGACAAUCGACAACACUAAAUGUCCACAUGAGGACUCACACCGGAGGGAAACCUUAUUCCUGCCAGCAGUGUGGAAAGAGUUUCAGUCAUAGAUUAAGCUUUACGAUGCACAUGAGAGUCCACACGGGUGAGAAGCCUUACCCUUGCUCUCAGUGUGAAAAGAGUUUCAAUAGGAAUAGCGACCUUCAGCUCCACAUGAGAGUUCACACUGGAGAAAAGCCCUUCACCUGCCAACAGUGUGGUAAGGGUUUCACCCGAAAAGGAACCCUUAAAGACCACAUGACAACUCACACUCAAGAGAAGCUGUUCACCUGCAAGACAUGUGGAAUAACUUUCACCCAAAAAGAAAUCUUCAAGAUCCACAUUGUAAUUCACAACAGCGAGAAGCCGUUCACCUGUAACCAGUGUGGAAAGAGUUUUGAUCAAGAAGAGAAGUUUAAACUUCACAAGAGGUUCCACUCUGCAGAGAAACAUUUCCCGUGCUCUCACUGUGGGAAGACUUUCAGACAGAAGCAACACUUUGAAGACCACAUGAGGACUCACACUGGAGAGGAGGUCUACGCCUGCCCUCACUGUGAGAGGAGUUUCAGUUUCAAAUAUCGCCUCGAUGACCACAUAAGAAUUCACAACAGAGAGAAGCGGGAAUUCCCCUGCGACCAAUGUGGGAAGAGCUUCAGCCAGAAAUCAGAACUUAACAGGCACAUGAGGGUUCACACCGGAGAGAAGCCCUUUUCAUGUGGUCAUUGUGGAAAGAGCUUCAAACAUAACUCGGGGCUUAAAUACCACAUGAAUUCCCACAAAUGCACGCAUUAGAUCGUAAUGAAAAUAGUGGUAUUUCGUGGCUGUUUAAAUGCAUGUGUUUUUGACUACCUCUGGAAGUGCUCAAAUGUGGACAAGUUACACAUUUUAGCCCUUUUUACACCUGUAUUCAGAGUAGUCGACUUGCGUUCCUAAUUAUUGCCCCUUACUGUGGACAUAUUGUCGUCAUUAUUUCAAGUGGUGUAUAGGUUAAUAUGUAAAUAUAUGGUGCAGACUUUCCUUUCAAAAACAAAAUAAAUGCAGUAUUCAG